CAUGAACCGAUAUGCUGGGUCUGGAGUGACCGAUUCAUUUCUCAAUGGAAAGCAACAUCGCCUUUAGGCUUUUACUUCUGUUUUUCUGUGUAGGAUUUUCAGCGUCUGUGGACCAAGUAUUUGGAAGAAUGGAGAGGAGUUUCUUUGCAUUCUCUGAUCAAGAUCUGCUCCAUAGACAUGGCCGACGAUAUGAUGGCACUGUGAAGCCAAAACUUAAUUUGCAACAAGUAGCAGUUACACAGGUUGUGAAUUACAAUGUAAGCAGCAAAGAGGACUCAGAAAGGGAGUCUGUCACCCACAGCCACUACAACCCUCUUAAUGUCACCAUCAAUGGAAGCCCCUGCAUUCUUUUCUGGGCCAGAAGAAUCAUGAUUAAGUUUCAGAACCACACUCAACUGGACCUAACAGACAAGACGUUUGGUGUUCAUGCAACUGUGGAUGUUGCCGAUUCAAAUUGCAGUGAAGAAAAUGCGAUGCUUUCUCUUAAUUUUGGAGACAUUGACAAUUUGAAGGGAUUUGUUAUCAGAUUCAUACUGACAAACAGUUAUUACAAGCUCUCCAUUCAGAACUGGUUUACCUUGCACAGAAUCCAGUUAAUUUACAACCAUUCUGUACAAGCAACGUUCAAUGCGACUCAAAUCCAUGCACCGGCGAGUUACUCCUAUCACUGUGAACAUGUUAGCAACUUGCAGAGAUAUGAUGCGCUCCUGACGCCCAGCUCCACAAAUGAUGCAGCCAGGCUCUGGGAAGUCACUUUUAUUGACUUUCAGAUUCAAGGAUUUAACAUUGAAGAUGGACAAUUUGCUUAUGCGAAAGAUUGUGCAUCCUUGUUCCCGCCAGCAAUUCUGAUGGGUCUGGUUAUGUCUCUGAUUUUGCUUCUUGUUCUGGCCUAUGCUCUCCAUAUGCUGAUACACUUGAAAUCCCUUGACAGGCAUUACGAAUGCAAAGCUUCUCCUGCUUAUUUUCCACAGAUGAGAGACACUGACACAGCUGAUGAAAAAGAGCCUCUGAGAAAUAACGGGAAUGAAAUCUAUGAACUUAGAAGCCAACAGUACUCUAAAAUCUAUAUUUAGCAGUUCUCCAUAGACAGAGAACAAACUGCUCCUGUGGAAUACUGGCAUCCUGUGGGCUUAUUUUAGAGUUUUGAACAUCUCAACUUCAAUUUAAAUAAAAAGAUUUAUAGUCCUUAUGAUUGUGAAGAGAAAGUGCUGCAGCACUGUGUGCAAAUUUCUCAGAAACUCAAAGCCAAAUCACAAUAACCCCACUUGCAUUGCAUUGUGUUUCCAUGAUCUAAAUCAAGUUGCAUGUUUUUAGAAGUGAUUGUCUCAUGGUUAGGAACAAUUGAGAUUUAAUCAUAUAUUGAGUAUGUGGUAAUCUAGUUGGCUAGAACAUUCAGCUGGCAAGAAUGGACUUCUCACACAGUUGGAAACUGCCAAGACUAUUUCUCCGUCACAAUAAAAUGCCACAACCAAAGAUAUAUAACAAGAAUGAAAUCUGAGUUAAGGUUCUUCAAAUGUUGCUUAGUGAAGGUGGCACACUUCCCCCCCAUGACACUGGAGCGUUGUGAACUGCAGCUGUAUAUGAAGUUAAUUGAACUGUGCUGCUCAUAGAGAUUGAUAAACUGGGAAUCUCUGCUGCUGGAAUGCCACCAGUCUUUGGACAGAAUGAAAUGAUUGUAUUGAUCUGAGCACUUAAACUAGUUCAUUCCUUUCUGCAAUGUCUAUGACUCCAGUGUUGAAGGUACAGAAAACUCAGUGAAUUGCUAAUCACCUGCCAUGCACUGAUCCCAAAACGUCCCUCUCAUUGUGCCACUUUGCAUCGCAGAAAUGCAAUAUGUCCAUAAGCCAGCAACUGGUGUACUUCUUCAGAAGAUGUUAUGCUAAUUGUGUCUGUUACAUAUCAGUAUGUUGUGCAGAAUGGCUGUGGUCUCCAUCUGCUGAUGCUUUUACAAGGGUGCCCUCUGCACUGAGCAAAUUUCUUGUUCAUUUUGUAUCUCAGUGAAGUUAUCAGCAUUUUCUUUCUGAUGUUCUGUUCUUCUAAUAUUUAGCUAAAUGUUUUUUACUAAAUGACUUCUCCAAUGAAUGAUCAAAAGAUA